AUGGGGAAAGGUAAGAACACACCAAAUCAGAAACCCCGCACCAAGGGGAACGUUAAACCCUCGAGCAGUGAUCGGUCGACUGAAUUCCUGCAACGCAACGCCUUUUCUGUUGUUGGAACCACUCAAAAUUUUGGAAUUUUCUCCAUCCAGUCUAAUGUGCAAUCCCAAAUGAGCCCAACAGUUGCUGUAGGUUUCUCCAGCCUCCUUCCUCUUGACCAAGAUCCGACUGCAGCCACUAUAGAUACAGACUUUCUCGCUUCACUACGCCGUUUAGAGAAGCGUAACAGUGCGACCAAACAAAAGGCUCUGGAUACGCUCAUAACCCUCUUGCAUGAACACAAUAAAGAUGGGGAUUAUGUAAAAUCGGAAGACGUCAUAGUAGCCUCUGUUUUGCCAUUCUGGCCACGGAUCUACAACAGUCUCACACAUGAUGACGAUCGACGCGUACGAGAGCUUAGUCAGGUGGUUAUGCAUGCUCUCGCAAAACGUCUUGGUCGCAAGCUGAGUCCCUAUUUAAAGGAGAUUGUAGUACCGUGGACCUUCGCUACUGUGGAUUCCUAUGAGAACACGGCUAGGGCCGCACAGACAGGAUUGAGCAAUACUUUUCCUGGUCAUCGGCAGGGUGAACUCUGUCGAACCUAUGCUAAGUACCUGUUGAAUGAAUGCGAACGGCGACUUGUCGAUCUGACAAGUGAUCUGCCUAGCUACCAGAAAUCGAAGAAAAACAGGGGCAUUGAUGACUCUUUACCUCCAGAGUUACACCAUAAUCUCAACAUAGCCACUCAGUUCCUUACCUGGGUUGCAUCCCUCCUCCCUGAGCUUUCCCAACUACCCGCAGACAAUGCGCAGUUGAUUCGACUCCAGAAAUUUCUCCAGCAACUAAUUCCCGCUGUCUCGUCGAUCUUGGAUGCUGUGAAAUUUGUUCCUUUAAGUAUGGCAUACUUUCGACUCAUCUCCACUAUUUGUAAAUCCGUGACAGAGUGGUUAAAUGGGCAGGAGGAUUUGCUCAAUUUUAUUAUUCUCAAAUGUGUGAAGGAAAUCGACGCUUUCCCCGAAAAACUUGCGGCUGCAAGCACCUGUUUGGAGAUGUUUGGUGAUAAAGUCUGGAGUGGAGCUCCAUGGAUGGAGUUGGUUGACAAAACGAUCAUUCCUGUCGUUGAGCAGGUCCAAACGAAAGCUCAACGACAGGCUCUCUACGCCAAUCUUCUUCCAAUCGUGAGUCAAUUUCCUCUCGAGCAAAUUGACAAUGAAGUAGCGGACUUGGUGAAGCGUCUAGUGGAUGCUUCGCGUCAGGGUUUGAUUCGCUCACUUAAUCUUCCCAGUGAUGUGGAUCUUCGGCGAUCGGAUACGCUGCCAUGUUUGCUUGAUCAGGGGUCUUCUGUGGAUUGUCUGACGGGCCUCUUAGAGUUGUCUCGCUACUUCCUUGACCGUGCUGCUCUUACCUCCAGCAGAGAACUUAUUGACUUCCUUUUUGAACGUAUUUUCUGCGAUCUCUUCGUCUUUGUGUUUUCCAGCUCAGACUCCUUGAAAAGAUGGAUGUAUCGGGAGCAGUUCUCGGGCUGUCUAUUUAAACAGAUUUGUGCAACUCUUGUACACCUGGUUCAUGAUCCCCGCCCCCAACUCCAAACAGUUUUUUCCUCCCUCCAAGAAAACAUAACCGAGCUCAUCAGACCCACUUCUCCACAUGGACUCCACCUUCCCAUGGAGCCUCUGCUGGACUUUUUCAAUCAUCUUGUCGAAGCCGGCACUGAUAUCAAUGGAAAUCUUGAGCCUUGGUGCCAAACUUGGCUGUGCGAAAUCCUUGUUUUUAUUAGACCCAUUUCUAAGGAGUUGGAGGACUCGGCCCAACGUUGGCUUUUAACAUUCAGUCUGAUUGGUCAAAUUAACUCUGAUCGGAGCGUGAAUAAUCCGCUAGAUCUACUAAUCACUUCCGUCAUUCCCGCCUUUGAUAAUGAAAUCUUCAGGUGGACUACCUCUAUGAGCAGAGGUCUUGCGAAAUGCCCUCUGAAGCCAAUCUCAUCGGAAUCUUGGCUUUCGGCUAGUGAAAAAACGCGCAAAAAUUUUGUGAUGGGUCCCAUCAAGCACCUGGUUGUUGACUCUAGCCACGAAAGCUGCAUGCCUGUUUUCCAGUCUCUGUUCGACAUUCUAACGGCUAACAUUGAUACUGCCUCCGAAAUACUACUGGAAUUGGUGAAUGUUAUUUUUGCCGCUCCUAGCUCCUAUGACGAGGUUCGAGAGCAUAUGCUUUUGGCGAUUUGUAUGGAAAUCGCCAAGCGGGGUCAUGUUUCCGAUAAAGUCUAUGAUUUCCUUUCCUCGUUCAUUGUUCUGCUCAUUUCCCAAUGCAAGUUGUGUCUUACCGGUUCGUCCGAUCUCAUCAACCAGUACGUGAGGCUUACGGUUGAUAAGCUUUGGCUAAUAGAGCACUCCAUAGAGACGCCGGCACAAGUUGGCAGGGAAGUCAUCGCUCAUUUAAAAAGUCGGGAUGAUUCACAAGCUUGCCUGUUCUCGCAACAAAUAUGGGUCAGUGUAUUGGCCAAAUUAACAUCGAGUGGCUGUCCUUGCGAUUCUGCUGCCUUAUUAGACUUUCUUCGUCAAUUGGUUCUAAAUACUGAUGCUUGUCGAGAGGCCUGGCUACAUCAUAUUUUAUCUGCCUCGUUUCAACUCUGUGAUGAAGUAGAGUCGAUCUGUCAAAAUCUGCCAAUUUGUGUUCGUCCAGAAAUCUUUCCAAUGCACCUACUACCACAAGUUUCACCAAUAAUUGUUGCGCUACAGAUCGGUUUCAAACUCGAUCUACAUUCUACCUUUACUGCUGGCCUUCCAGAACACAAACAGCUAGCUAAUUUACUAUUGAUACUUCAUUUUUGGCUUUCAGCGGGUACUGUGGAGCCGUAUACUUUGGAUGAUUUGUCUCCGAAUCGAAUAUUUAUGCCCACAAAUGUUGAUGAACCGCCAUCAACAUCAAAUCUGCUCAGCUACCUUGAUGGAAUGUGUGGUCAAUUUACGGGCUCUAUUUACUCGCUUGAGGAGUUCGACACGUCAAACUCUGCCCUUCGUGCAUCGUUGGCCGAGCGAUUGGUGGAUAUUCACCCCCUGCAAUGGCCCCUACCUAUCCGACAGGCAGCUUCAUGUUCUCCUCCUCCAAGUUGGCUGAAUGAUCAGAUCAUUGAAAACUCUUCAGAAGGCUUCCUCCUCCUCUGUGAUGUUUGCCUUCCUGUGGGUGUUCUAGGUAGAUGCCUUCCGAGGAGCAUCAUAACCACUCACGUGCUGGACCUUGCUACCAUGGCUCACUCUGAAGCCAAUCGUGAAGGUCUGGCCCGCCUGGCUGAGGUCAUCGCUUGUCUUUCUUCCACAGCCUUUGUCGGCUGCUCCUACGCCUUCUCACUUGCAUCGCUCACGCUUGAAGACGCUGUUCGAGACUCUCUUGUUGACGUCGAAUGCUCCCAAGAACCUGAGUCAAUGCGAGCGGUCAUUGCAUCCAUGAAAGCCCUCCAAAUACUUGUUCUCUCGAGGCAGCCCAUAGGAUCGAUCGAAAAUCAUUCACACCUCGGUCUCGUUAAACUCUCCCAGCGUUUGAAGCAAUUGAAGGCGCGAUUGACUAGAGAGCAGUGGGAUUCCCUGCUAUGCCUAACUGCCAGUUGGAUUACACAAGCCGUAGUCAGACCUGUGCAACCCACAGCUUUCCCGGUUCUCGCCUUUCAACUUGUCGCUGCAAUUGGAGCUCUGUUUGUCAAUUCCAUAUGCUCUAGUACGACCGUCACGGGCGCUCUGAUUCGAUGUAACUCGGCCGAAUCAUCGUCGGUCGACCAACUUAUGGACAUGAAUAGAGAGGAGUGGGAUGAGACUGACUUCGACUUUGCAGAGGAUUAUGAUUGUGAGGAUGAUGAGAAUGCGUCUCCCAUAAAUAUGAAUGUUUUUGGAGACGCUGAAGAAGGCGAUUUUGUGGAUGCGGAUACUGAGGAGUUGAGGUUUGAGGAUCCUAAUGCGCAGCGCCGUUUGCCGCCACCUGCAUCAGUAAAAAAGGAUUGGCACGACUUCUUCGCGGGAAACAUAUACGAUUCACUUAUCAGUCUCACUACUGGCACUUGUCUUUCUGCUAAUGGUGGUCACAGUGACGUGUCGAAAGAUACCCCGCAACAUCUGUCUGCGCUGUGUGCUGCAGUGGCCACUUGUUCCGUAGAAUCGCUUCUUAUAUGCCUUGAACAACAACCAGAUAUUGUUGUCACUUAUCUGCUGGACUCUGAUACUCACCAAUCAUGCCACCCUCCUCAAGUGGAAAACAGCCUUUUUUCCUCUGAGUGUCUCUUAGCUCCACAAAUGCGUAAUACCAUCGAUCUCGCUAUUCGUCUUCUCACCACUUCACCCUACCAAGCUGGUCAACUGCUAGGUCACAUACUGCUCACUCGAUUGGCUGCCUCAAGGUCGUUGGAGCCUGUUCGGCGCAUGAGUGACGUUCUUAUACCUCAUCUACCCGUUUCUUGGGUUUGUGCACUCACUUCACCACUUGCGGAGGAUUUAGAAAGCAUUCUCUCGGACGCAGAUACAGUGGUAUCGCAGUGGGGUCGUGGAGUUUUCACUAUAAACCAGCUUCUUGGUGAGAAUGUACUACUUGGUCACCAAAGGCUUCUUUCCUAUCUUCUCGCUUGGGAUGCAGUCGUUAGUCUUUUGAGUUCAGCCUCUCAGCAAAGUCGAGCUGGUCUUCAAGGGGCAUUGCUCAAGGAUGAUGUGUGGAUUGCACAUAUGUGCCGACUAAUUCUUGCUCUUGGUCUACUUCUACCAAAACAGAGUGAAAUUGGACCCCUCCUUACUGUCCGAUGCCGACUUGAACCGGAUCCUCGGCUCCUUCUCACCUCUUCUGCUCGCGCUACCAUGAUCAAUACAUUGACUUCUUCCUCACAGAAAAUUAGGUCCUUAUUCGCUCCCAUGGAUCCUCUUGUGCACCUUCCCGGUCACCGACUCACCAAGGAUCUAUCGCAUCUAGCAAUUCGAUUGUUACGUCGACUGCUAUUUGAAUCACCGGCUUUGAUGCGCUCUCUCUACGCGGAGCUGCAGCGAGGCGCAACGAUGGGUGAGCGAAUCUCCUCCGGCCAGGCACGCCAAUUGGCCAGUCACCUGGAGAGGAUCGUACGACGUCAAUUCUCAGCUAAUCUGAUCGUCGCCGAGGUGGAGUCCAUUGAGCGGAGGGCGAGCGAAUUUAAACGCCGCCUUGGAGCUGCUCCUUACCUUGAUGCUGAUCUGCCCAGCGCAGGAAGUGUUGAUAUUAAAGGAAAGCCACUUUCCCGAGAGGUUAUCACUACAUAUCACUUUUCGGCAGACCAAUACCUAGAAAUGAUAAUUAGUCUACCGGAAAACUUCCCUCUAUCUCCUGUCACCGUUGAGACUGGUAAUAAAACUGACCCUGCCAUGGCAAAUUGGCGGACCUGGAUUAUGCACCUCUCUGUCUUUCUCAACAAUCAGAAUGGUUCAUUUCUUCAACAGAAUGGAUCCAUCCUUGAUGGGAUAGGUCUUUGGCUGCGGAAUAUAAAGAAAAAGUUUGACGGAGUGGAGGACUGUGCCAUUUGCUACUCCGUCAUCCACGAUCGCGAUUUCUCCUUUCCUAGACUGCAGUGUCGUGUGUGCAAAAAGCGCUUUCAUAACGAGUGUAUGUACCGCUACUUCCAGACCAGCCGUAAUCCCACCUGUCCCCUCUGUCGAAGCCUCUUCUAUGCCACUAGUUGA